CCGGCAAUGCUCUUAGGUCUGUUGAAGUAUCGCUUCUUUCUACUUCUGCUCUGCCCGUUGUGGACGACUUGUCGUAAGUGCCGCUCUGCUUCCUGUUUGGUUUCAAGAGAGGCUUUUCCGUGUCCAGAAGGCUCGUACAGAGACAUCAAAUCGUCUCAAUGCAGAGAGUGCUCGAGAUGUCUAGGUCUGAACAAUUUUUGCUACACGAGAAUCUGCAAUGGAACGGUUGACGCCAAGUGUGAUUGCUGCCCUGGCUAUUACUCGACUCUUGUUUCCAGAGAGAAUGACAUGUGUGUACAGAUGAAAUCAGGACAGAGAUAUCCGAAAUAUCAUCGAGAUGGAGUUUGUGUUGAUGUCACAGAAUGCGAUCCGGAUCCUAGGAAGCCUGCUGCGACGACUCUGACACCAUCGACUCUAACACCAUCGACGCAUCCACAUUCACAGUCACAUUUGAGUUCGAUGACGUCAGAGUCGUCUAGUUUGAGCUCAACACCAUGGAAUCCUACGACUGCUUCUACACGAUCGAAAAAGAGUUUGUAUACUGAAUCUUUAAACGUUAAGAGCAGUCGAGGAGUUGCAACACAGUCUUUCUUGUCUGCGAAAGUCAUCACAGACUUGGAAUCAACAGUCUUUUCUAGGGUAGCAAAUAGUGAACAAACUGCUUCGGCCAGUCCUUCUGAAGGCAUCCAACAGAAAGCAACUACUCUGCCUAACAGUGCAACUCGAGGCUCUACUGUUGAGUCUGCAGACAGUAAUGCUAACCAAAGUGCAAAGAAAGACAAUGGUACACUACUGUAUGUCGGCUGUGGUGCAGUGGGAUUUGCUGUCAUCUUUGUUAUCGUCGUCGUCACGAUUAUAGUGAUUAUCAGAAUAAGAAAUCGCCGGCAUCCUAGACUCGAUACUCAACCCAUAUGUGGAGACGGUGAAAGCGAAGUUCAAAUUGAUGGUCAAACAUCUGAAGGUAAAGAGAAUGAUGUGAGUGCUGGAGGCCAUGCACACAUUGAAGAUCGCUCCAACGUUCUUGGUCAUCAUAAUAACACAUCUGACCCAGUAGAGCUCGGAGGGAUGUCAGCGAGCAGUUUCCCACCACAGGAUGUUGAAACUAGUUCACCAGGAAAUUUACCUCCAACUACUUCAGAUGCAGCAGGUGUCAUUCAAUAUGUGCAACAUUUGCCGGCAAUAGUAAAAAAGAAGAUUGGUGUAGCGAUCAGCAUCAGUCAACAGAAUGGUUGCUACUUUUCUAUUCUUGGAGAAAUGUUAGGCCUAACGAAAGAAGACAUUGGGGAACUUACCGUGUACGUUCAAAACAAAGGUCCAGUAGGUGAGCCGUUCUUUCGUUUUCUUGCAAGUCGUAAUCCUGAGCUGACGGUUGACAACUUUUGUCAAAUCGUGGAAAAUCUGGGGCGUCUUGAUUUGUCUCAAGACAUAGGAGUAUGGAUAAGAGAUUACAGAAAUCUAGCCAUUGUAGGCUGUUCACAUGAUCCUGGCGGCAUCGUUCAGUCCUCAACGAAUUGAGAACAAGAAAAGUGGCUGGUAUUGAUUAUAGUUUAGUUAACAUUUUAUAUGUGAGUCUAGACUCGGGUGGAAGCAAAAUGCUGGGUCCCUCGCAAUAGUAGUGCUGUUUAGUUAAUUAAUGCUUUUUGCAUGCUUUGUAUUGACUGUUUAUGAGACAAUGCAUGCUGGUUUUCAGCAGUAGUUGUAAUUUAAGGAUUUCAUAUUAUACUGUUUAUUGCAAUAU